UCUCGCUUAGACCAGUGAAAGAGAAGAGCGCGAGGGAAAACAUGGAGGAGAGCGAAGCAAACAGUCCCACCGCAGCUUGAUAAACCAAACCAGGGAGCAAACGAUUACAUGUUAUGUGAAUUAUUUUCAAAAGCUCUGUUAAUAUAUUCAUUUUAAAGGACUUAUUGGUUAAAAAGUCGAGUGACUCUCGAAGCGUUGUCAAACAAAGUGGAAUGUCACUCAGUGCAUCGUGUGAAUCGGUUUCCCAGAAGAGGACUGUGUCGAACCUCCUGGCUGGCCGCGUGCUGAAGAGGCUGAAGGAGGAGGAUGGACAGCAGCUGCAGGAGGCAACGAUCCAGCUGCUGGGGCAGCAGCAGAACCUCUGCAGUCUGCUCAGGGAGGUUGGGAAUCCAGAUCUGUGCAACAUUUUUCGCCCUCAGACUGGAGAGCAGAAAGAGUCGAAAGGAAACUCAUGUGCCAUGGCAGGUUCAUUGCUGGUGUGUGAGUUGAGGCGGCAGUCUUUGCAGCUGGGUGUCCCAAUGGCAGUGCUGGCAGUGAAGAUGGUACUGGAGAGACUGAUGGAGAUCACUGGAACGGAGGCUGAAAAGGAAGAAGAGGACAGGAGGAGAGGGCUGCUCACCUGCUCCCAGCGAGUCCAACUGUGUGUCCUGCUCGAGUCCAGCAAGCAACUGCUAUCACAGGGAGUCUUCUGCCCCAAACUGCUCUGGCAGGAGUACAGAAAAGAUCAGAGGUCACCCAAACUGGAGGUGGUUUAUAAUUUUCACCUUUACAACAUCCUCACUCUGAAGUACAUUUUAGAGAGUGAUGACGGUGUCAGAAUGUGGUUGGUGUAUCAGUUGAAGGCUCUCUGUGGCUGGACACCUCCUGAAGGAGAAGAAGAGACCAGACAAGUUCAGCUAAAAGUGUUGUCAACUGUGCUUGGAGUCUUGGUGGAAAAUGGUUUUGAGCGGAACCACGAGCCAGCAGCUGCAGACAAGAGGAUCUCCCUGCUGUGUUGCUCAGUACUGGAUGACAUGCUCUUCUGGCUUCUAGACACUGUGGAAAAGAGUCCAGUGCUGAAGACAGCUGGAACAGGAGCUGAGCUAUGGAUGCAGAUGUUUGAUGCUUCAUUGUGUGGAGGUUCAGCAUCAGAAGAUGCCCUUCGGUGUUUCUUCACACAUUCCCUCACACACACUCUCACUUACAAGCCUCGACUCACAGUAUCAGAUGCCAUCACUCUGCAGAGCGAGUGGACCUUUGCAAAAGCCAGCCGACUGGUCACCUGCCUUUUCCGUAAGCUGGCGGUGAUCUUCAGUGUGGAGCAGCUGCUGUGUCACCUGCAGCAGGUAUUGGAAACCCACGAAGUUAACUGGAAACUCGUCCUGUGCUUCCUCUCUACUGUGCUGGUUUACAACCCCUGUGCCCAGCCUAGCCUGAGAGAGCUGCUGUCCAGACUGCUGACCUCUGCAUUUGAAGGCUAUGACCUGGAGAACAUGAUAACUGCCUUCCUUUUGGCUCGACAGGGAGCGCUAGAAGGAGCCAGCAUCUUCCCCUCCUACAGCGAGUGGUUCAAGAUGUCUUUUGGUGGAGGCAGUGGCUACCAUGCAGCUAGUAAGAAAUCUCUGGUGUUCCUGCUGAAGUUCCUCUCCGACCUUGUGCCCUUUGAACCACCACAGUACCUCAAGGUUCACAUCCUGCACCCUCCAUUUGUACCCCUGAAACACCGCAGCCUCCUGAUGGAGUACGUCUCUCUGGCCAAGACCAGACUGGCUGACCUCAAGGAGUCAGUGGAGGACAUGGGUCUAUAUGAGCAUGUGUCUGGUGCAGGCAUCACAUCAGUGCAGCCCCAGUGCCAGGCUGUCCAGGAUGUGGAGAAGGCAGUGGCUCUGUUUGCAAGCACAGGAAGAAUCUCUCCCACAGUCAUGGAGGCCAGUAUUUUCCGGAGGCCAUAUUUCCUGACACGAUUUCUCCCUGCUCUGCUGACACCGAGAGUGCUGCCUGUGAAACCUGAUACUCGCAUGAGUUUCAUAGAAGUUCUGAAAAAAGCAGAUAAGAUCCCUGCUGCACAGUAUUCAUCUUAUGUGGAGUCCUGUCAGAAACUGAGGCAGCAGGACUGUAGUGCAGUGUGUUUGGACACUAAUGAUGAUCCUCUGGAGAUCCUGAAGAUUCAGCUGCAGGAGUUCAAACAGCUGCUUGUUGAGGGAAAUGAUGGAGAGAUGUCGGCACAACUGUCCAGGAUCUCACACACUCUCAGUGUCAUCUUUCCUGCUUGUCCAGAUGAGCUGAUUGGACUGUCAGUUAUCAAACUUAACACAAACAGUCCUCCAUCCCCUGAGCUUCACGUCAAAGUUGUAAACAUGAUCCUAAGAAACUUCUGCCAGUGCAUGUUAGACGCUUCAAGAGCUAACCCUCCUAACAAACAGAGCCUGUGGGCCUCCAGGUUUGUCAGUGCGCUGCUUGGUGAACCACAGCUCCUAUCCAGCCUUAUACACAGACUUUGGGACCUUUUUCAUAACCAGGGCUCUUCACUGAGUGCCGCCCACUUACUUGGUCUGGCAGCAUUCGUCGUCCACCUCCACAACACCAUGUCCCAUGGUCCUCUAGUUCAGCUGGUUCCGCCCAUUCUUCCUGAGCCAGUACCUGUUGGAGAAGCUCUGAGCUCAGCGCUCGUCUGCAGCACACACAGUAACAUGCUCUUCUGUGUCAGGUUGUGUGUGGCAGCCGUGUGUUAUGGGAUGUGCAGAGGGGACUCAUUGCCUCAGCAACAACAGCAGGACUUAAUCCUCAGCAGCCUCUAUAAGAAGCUCCUGUACCUCAUCCCAAGACUGUUGCCUGAAGCCAGAAGAGCUUCUAUCGCUGCCUCUAGUCCAGUAAGUGAAUACCAGGAGGAGAACCUGCCUGGCCUGUGGAGCAGUGCCACAGACACCAACAGCACAUGGAGUAAGACUGCUUGGCAUUUGUGGAGGCACCCUGCUUUCUCUCAGCUAGGAGACAUACCACAGUAUCAGCUUUUGUUCUCAGACUGGCUAGCUAAUGAGCUUCGAGUACAGAGAAGUGAAGACGCCUUGUCAGACCCAGAGCGUCAGGAGUACCAGCAGUGGGCCUGCUUAGAGCUCUACCUGCCCCGUCCAGAGGAGCGGGGAGGCUGUGGAGGAGACAUGAGGAGCCUCUGCUCUCAUCUGCUUAAUGCCAUCAUGGAUCAGCACUUAGGCAAACAGAACCUGGCAAAGUUAGAUCACAGCGUGUCAGAAAAAGGCACCUGUCUGCCAGACAUCCUGUCCAGACUACAGGAGCUCAUCUAUGAGAUGGAAGUGACUGACCUCUGUGGCAGCUGUAGAAGCACAGUGGAUGUGUGUGACUUCCUGUUUGAGUUUGUGUCUGAGAGAUGCUCCUCCACAGUGACCUCUGCUUCACCUAGCAUCAGCACUGAGCUUAGCCUGCAACUCACUCUGAACACAUGGAACAGAGUCCUGCUGGCUCUCCCAGCCGUGUUAUUCAUUAAAGUAAAGGCUGAAGGGGGGAGGAGGACUCUGGAGUGUAACAAGCUGAUAAAGCAUGUCAACCAUCAUCAGAGGAAGGUGUGUUCUCCAGCCGGCCUGCUGUCCUUCCAUCUAACAGCACACCUCCUGAAAGGUGUGUUAUGUGCCAGUGUACGCUGUGGACGCGCAGCUGAAGAAGUCAACAAAGCCUGGUCUCAGAUCAGUCUACAUUGUCCUCUGCUCCUGGUCUCCACAGUGCACUGGUGGGAACGUCUGUCUCCAGUAAUGUUGUCACUCUGGCAUCAUCUAAGUGAUGGAGAGCCUCUACCAGAGCAGCUGCAGCUCCUUACUAACUGUCAGAAGUGGGCGUGCAGUUUAGAGAAGGGUCAGUCAUUGUCACCAGUGCCUGCAGCGUCAGCUCUGCUGCUGGCUGCCACUCUGCACCAUACCUGGCGGGGCAGAGGGUGCAACAACCAGGACUCCAGUGCUGCCCUUAAUAUGCUGCGAGCAGAGGGGGGCACACAGCACAGACAGAUGCUGGUUUUUCUGCUUUUCCUCUGUGUUAAUGACUAUGUGUUAGCACUGCUGUAUCCUCAGCAGAACAAGGAUCACAAAACCAGGACUUUAUGCACAGACCUUCUUUGUGUGUUGGUGGACUCCGCUGACUGGCUGCUCAUCUUUAAAUCAAAUGAGCAAAGUGUUUACCAGUCGAUGGCCAUGGUAACAUCAGAUGAGUUUAUUCAGCUGAUGCCAUGGGCCUUUUACAGCCUUUUGCUCCAUCAGAGUACUGAGCUCCAGCAGAGAGCUGUGUGUUGUCCAGGGUUCCUCCAUACUGCUGUCCGCUGCUACAUCAGUCUGAUGCAGCUUUUCCUAGAAGGACACGGACUUAGACCAAGCCCUGAACGCUCUGACAAUCAGCCUCUCCAGAUUCUGAGCAACGCCAAGCACUUUCUUCUGAGAGUGAUCUCACAGACUCCUCCAGCUGCUUUGUCCUCCAGCCAGCUGCAGUCCCAGUGUGCAGACCUGGACCCAGAAGUGGCAGCAGCUCUUUCUGUGCAUCAGGACCCUCACAGCCUGAGCCCAGAGAUGGACUUCCUCUGAACAGCUGCUGAUGUAAUCCAACGCAAACAUGUUCCUGUUGUAAUAUAUCUAAAUCAUUUCUGUUCAGAUUUCACCAAUGUUUAAAAAAGUCUUUACUCAGCUUUGUACAAAAAAAGCUAAACAUUUAUUUACAUGUAUUUUUGUACACAGUGCACAUGGGACUUUAUUAUACACAUGUACAACUGAUCUACAUUUUUACAGUUAACUCUUAAAAAGAGUAGUUCGUAUUGUAAUAACUUGAUAAAAGCAAUGACCUAAUGAAAGUGAUGUGAAUGUUCUUGAAAUCAUUCUACACAAUUAUGUGCACUGUGAGGAGCUCACACAGCACAUACAAGUGCAUCACAUAAUAUUUAUGUAAGGAGAAUAUGACAUUAUAUGACUAACAGCUUAAUUUAUAUGGGUUAUGCAUUCGUCUACAUGUGUACUUAAUAAAAGUGUCUGUAUAGA